UCCCCCGGAGGCAAACGGUGCCGCCGGCCGAGGAGAGAGCGCCGAGGAGGGAAAGCCCCGGUGUUUGCCCCUCCGUGGUCUUCUCGCCUUCAUUCCUGCGCCUUUCCUCCCGCCCCACGCCUCGCAGAGCUGCGCUCCGGGGGGGAAGGAAGAGUCGCGUCGGAAGGAGCGGGGACUUUUUGCAGGCAGCAUGAGGCUCUCCGAGGCGAUGAGGAGAUGCCGUACUAAGGAGCCGGGGAUUAAGCUGCCUCUCAUCUGUUGCACUGGUGCCCGGCGGCUGGCGCGGUCCCCUGGGCUGGGGCUGAUGGAGACCCUCUAACUGAGUCCGAGCGUCUGAGCGUGGGGCAAAGAUGAAGAAAAUAAAGUAAAAAAAAAAAAUAAUGGGGAAAAGUGGCUGAGGCUGACGAGAGCCAGUGAACUAAAACGAACACCUUUUAAAGGGAUUUAACGUACAAAAAGGAUUGAGAAGGUUACUGCCGAGGGAAAAUGUGACCUGUUAAAGCUGUUGAAGGAAGAUGCCCGCUGUCAACGCAUGCACCUAAACCAAAGAUAAAGUAUUAGAAUGGCAUAAAAUAUGGCCCAGUUCUACUACAAAAGAAGCGUCAAUGCUCCCUACAGAGAUCGUAUCCCUCUUCGCAUUGUACGAGCAGAAUCUGAACUGUCCCAUUCAGAGAAAGCCUACCUGAAUGCAGUGGAGAAAGGAGAUUAUGCCAGUGUGAAGAAAGCUUUAGAAGAAGCAGAAAUUUAUUUCAAGAUCAAUAUUAAUUGCAUUGAUCCUCUGGGAAGAACUGCACUUCUUAUUGCAAUUGAAAAUGAGAACCUUGAGCUAAUUGAGCUGCUCUUAAGUUUUAAUGUAUAUGUGGGAGAUGCUCUUUUGCAUGCCAUACGAAAAGAGGUAGUUGGUGCUGUGGAGCUGCUGCUAAACCACAAGAAGCCCAGUGGGGAGAAACAGGUGCCACCAAUACUUCUGGACAAGCAGUUUUCAGAAUUUACACCAGAUAUCACACCCAUUAUUCUGGCUGCCCACACCAACAAUUAUGAAAUCAUAAAGCUCCUUGUGCAAAAAGGGGUCUCUGUGCCCAGGCCCCAUGAGGUCCGCUGUAACUGCGUUGAAUGCGUAUCAAGUUCAGAUGUGGACAGCCUUCGGCACUCUCGAUCCAGACUCAAUAUCUACAAGGCUCUGGCAAGCCCAUCCUUGAUUGCUUUGUCCAGUGAGGAUCCUUUCCUUACUGCUUUUCAGCUGAGCUGGGAGUUGCAGGAACUGAGUAAAGUUGAAAAUGAAUUUAAGUCGGAAUAUGAGGAACUGUCGCGGCAGUGCAAGCAAUUUGCAAAAGAUCUCCUGGAUCAGACACGGAGUUCCAGGGAAUUGGAAAUUAUUCUUAAUUACAGAGAUGAUAAUGGCUUGAUAGAAGAACAAAGUGGCAAUGAUCUUGCAAGAUUGAAACUGGCAAUUAAGUACCGUCAAAAAGAGUUUGUUGCCCAACCUAACUGCCAGCAGCUGCUUGCAUCCCGCUGGUAUGAUGAGUUCCCUGGAUGGAGGAGGCGACACUGGGCUGUGAAGAUGUUGACAUGUGUUGUGAUAGGACUUCUUUUCCCCGUCUUCUCUGUGUGCUACCUGAUAGCUCCCAAAAGCCCAUUAGGGCUGUUCAUCAGAAAGCCAUUUAUCAAAUUUAUCUGCCAUACUGCAUCCUACUUGACUUUUCUGUUCCUGCUGCUGCUUGCCUCUCAGCACAUUGACAGGUCAGACGUGAGCAUGCAGGGACCGCCACCAACCAUCGUCGAGUGGAUGAUAUUACCGUGGGUCCUGGGCUUUAUCUGGGGUGAAAUUAAACAGAUGUGGGAUGGUGGACUGCAGGACUACAUUCACGAUUGGUGGAACCUCAUGGAUUUUGUAAUGAACUCCUUGUACUUAGCAACAAUCUCUUUGAAAAUUGUUGCAUUUUCAAAGUAUAGCGGGUUAGUUCCACGACAGAGCUGGGACAUGUGGCAUCCGACGCUGGUGGCUGAGGCCCUGUUUGCAAUUGCAAACAUCUUUAGCUCUCUACGUUUGAUCUCAUUAUUCACUGCAAAUUCUCACCUGGGACCUCUGCAGAUAUCUCUGGGAAGAAUGUUGCUGGACAUUUUGAAGUUUCUCUUCAUAUAUUGCCUCGUGCUGCUAGCUUUUGCAAAUGGAUUGAACCAGCUGUACUUCUACUAUGAGACACAAGAAAACAAGUGUAAAGGGAUACGAUGUGCAGAGCAGAAUAAUGCAUUUUCAACAUUAUUUGAAACGCUGCAGUCUUUAUUCUGGUCUAUAUUUGGACUCAUCAAUCUCUAUGUGACCAAUGUGCAACCAAAGCAUGAAUUUACUGAAUUUGUUGGGGCUACCAUGUUUGGUACCUAUAAUGUUAUCUCUCUGGUUGUUCUACUCAACAUGCUAAUAGCCAUGAUGAAUAAUUCUUACCAGCUAAUUGCUGAUCAUGCAGAUAUUGAGUGGAAGUUUGCUCGGACAAAACUCUGGAUGAGUUACUUUGAAGAAGGAGGGACUCUGCCCACUCCUUUCAAUGUCAUACCAAGUCCAAAGUCUCUCUGGUAUCUGAUCAAAUGGUUAUGGAGACACCUGUGCAAGAAAAAAAUUAGAAGAAAGCCUGAAAGUUUUGGAACAAUAGGGAGGCGUGCAGCUGACAAUCUGAGAAGACAUCAUCAGUACCAGGAAGUUAUGAGAAACCUGGUUAAGAGAUAUGUUGCAGCAAUGAUAAGAGAUGCCAAAACUGAGGAAGGACUGACAGAAGAAAAUUUUAAGGAGUUAAAACAAGAUAUUUCCAGCUUUCGCUUUGAAGUCCUGGGUCUACUAAAAGGAAGCAAGCUUUCUAAUUUGCAGACUCCAAAAAUGAACAAAGAUGCAGCAUCUCUGUCAGAAACCGAAGAAAAGAGUGAGAGCGAGGGAAACAAGAAAGGAAAGAAAAAGGCCUUCAGCCUUUUUGACAUAACUACAAUGAUUCACCCAAGAUCAGCCACUAUUGCCUCUGAAGCACAUAAUGUAAGCAAUGGCUCAGCAAUGAUGGUGUCGGAGUCCUCUAAGGAAAAACAAAAGCGUGUUAAUUUUGUAACAGACAUAAAAAAUUUUGGGUUAUUUCACAGACGGUCAAAAACAAACUCUGUGGAGCAGAGUACAAAUAAAAUAUACACCGUUUCUGAAGAAGUUUCCCGUCAACAAGCAGAAGAACAAUGUGAGAAAGCUGAUGAACUGGAAGAGGGAGAGCUGACAAUGAACUGUGAAGUAAACACUCAAAGUCCUGAUGAAAAGUGCAUGUUAGCUGAGUCACAAAAUAACAGUGACACUUCAGAUUCACAGGAUGAGGGAAGUGUUUGUGCUUUAGAAACAGAGAAAAUGGAGUUACACAACUCUGAACCAGCCACACCACAGGAUCAGCAGGACAAGGAGUUGGACAUUAGCAUUGACUGUGAUGGGAAACAGGAAACAAUUGAUCAGGGUGACUAUGUGAUAACAAGGUUGUGAUGCUUACAGGAAGAAGCAUUUACAAAUAUAUAUAUUUUGCAUAGUGCUUUUUGGGGGGGAAUGUUUUAAGAACAUAUUAGCAAAUGCAGAAUUACACUUUAUAGUACUCAACUGUGGCACAUGAUCUUGUAACAUAGUAGUCAAGAGAAAGAUAAUAAAGGGACCUUCUGUUUUGUAGCCUGCUUUAGCUUUCACAAUUUGUUUUACAUUUUUUUAAUAAAUGGAAGCAUCUUGUAUUCUUGUACUGUUGCAAUAACCCACAGAAACUUUUUAGCUAUCUUUUUCAAUUACAACAAAUGCAAUUUCUCUCAUAUGAUAGUUGACUCCUAUGAUAAAUAUUUUUCUAUGCAAAUAAAAGUAGCUUAAGAGACUUGUAAGCCUUUAUUUAACUUUGUAGGUUCUUAAAAGAUUCUGGACAACAUCCUUAUCAUAAGUGGUUCCUGUCAACAUAAUUCAUGUCAAGCUAUUAGAAUCAUUUAUUUAAAUUGCUAGAAAGUUGGUUUGCUUCAAAUCUAUGAAGAAACAAAAUAUAAAGUAUAUUCUUUUAUUUAUUGAAGGAAUAUGAAUACCUGUAAAUUAUGAAUGAUCAAUCUAUUUGAUUAUUUAAUUACAUCUUCUCCCACCCAGGAAGAGGACUAUUACCUUCCUGAUACCACUGUUAGAAAUGCAUUUUUCAGGAUCUGAAGACUGUAAAAAUGUUUCUUAUAGUAAAAGAAAUAUUUGUGGCUUGCUAAAAUUUGAUGACGGAUUACUCCUCAGGAAUCCGUAAUCACAACAGCUAUUGCUUCUUCAACCAUUUAUUUUUCCAAAUGUGGACAACCUAUGCACUUUAAUGUUCAACUGCUUAUUAGCUUUUGCCUUCACAAUACACUUGUAUUUGCUAAGAGAAAGAUACUUCAGGAAUAAACAAGCAUACAAUGAUCCCCUGAGUACUUGGGAAGACAUGACAAUUUGCUGAGAACCUUUUAAAGGCAAAACUUAGGAGAGUUUCUUUGACAACUUCUGAGUUUGGGGGAAACUGAUCGGAGGUUUUAUAAAAAAAAUAUUUAGACAUUUAAAUGUAUAAAGAUAACAUAAUAGUAUUUUUCUUAACUGAGUGAAUUAUUGUCUUAGUCAAAAACAGUAUUUUUAAAAUUAAACAGUCUGUUGCUUUUUAAUCAGUGACUGGUGUCCUACAUUAUUAAAAAUAAUAAUAAGUUUACAAGUGACCUAAGAAAGACCACCUUUGAGCUCCCAGUGCCAUCCUUCUUCUCCCAUGCAAACAUGAAUAUACCACAUCAGUGUGGUCAUUUCAUUCUGAGCUUCCCUAGCCCUGCUAUAAUAGAUUUUGAAGUUCGUUUUAUCCUAUAUUAAGGGAUGUGCAAAUGCAUAGAGUACACUUACAUAAGAUAUCCCUAUAAAUAUAAAAUGAGCAGAAAAUGAGGACAAAACAAAUAGAAUCCAUGACAUUAACUCUCACCGUGUAGGACAUGACCUAAAGCCAUACCAUUCUGCACCUAAACUAUGCUUGUACUUUACUGAGUUUUGAAAAUUCAGACUAACCUCCUCUCAUUGCUAUACAUUUGGGUGUGCUUUCCUGCUCUGCUUUACACAUGUACUACUCUCUCUGAGUUCAUAUAUUGAGAGCUUCCUUCCUGUACGUGUGCCAUGGGACUUAGGAGUGAAUUAGUUGAACCAAAAUGGAAAAGUAAUUGGGAAAGAGUUUGUAUAGCUUUGCAACACUGUGUUCACACCACAUUUGAUUACUAAGUUAUGGUUGAUUUCCACCUUGGCCUCUUGACUGCUCUGUGGACCUCUUCUCCUCAUCUCUCCCCUUAUCCACUUUUAGAUUGUGAGCUCCUUGGGGCAGGGCCUGAAGCUUUUCUGUUUGGAAAGCACCUGAAUUAUUACAAGCAUAAGAAAUAAAUAAUAAUAAUAAUAAUAAUAACAAUGGUGGAAUAACUUCAUAUCAUUUUUACUAGGUCAACUUUUUUAGAGUUCUCUUUUCUACUGUAACAUUUGUGCUAAGAAUGAUAUAAAGCCAAUGUGUCACAUGUAAUUUUUGUCACA